UGUAAUAGUUAUUUUGCAGAGAAUAAUGAACUUAAUUUCCUUUAUAUAACCUCUCUUUUCUUAAUACCAAGCUUUGGUUUGGUCGGCAUGAACAUUAUACUUUUAAUAUGAUAGAUUGUCUUCAUAUUGGGCAGCCGCAUGUAUGAGAGACAGAAGGAUCACUUCAGUACGGUUCGAGACGGAUUGCUCGGACUUAGUCGACAUGACUACAAACUCGAUGGACUGGCCAGCAUUCGCGACAGAGAUUGAAGAGUUCCAAAGGUUACAUGAUGAUUUCGAGGAUGUGAGAUUAUCUCAUAUUCCUCGGUGUCGGAAUGGCCGGACAGAUGCGUUAGCGAAAUAUGCAAGGACCAUAGAUUAUAUUUUCUCCCAUAUAGAUAAGACUCGGACAGAUGGAAAUGCUCUUCGGAGAAUCGGUUCGUCUGUUCUCCACUUGAUCCAGCCUAGAUGGGAAGAUGACAAAAAAAAAAAAAAGAUUGUCUUCAUUCUCCAAGCCAUGUGUCUAAUGUCAUUUGAGUUAGACAUUGUUAGAACCAGACAGGAGACCAUACAAUUAUUAUAUGAACAACAUGACAUAAAAUAAAGGUUGAAGGUAACUGUCAUGGUUACAUCUCGUUUGGUAAUUUUUCAACUCAGAAGAUGCCCAUGUGAAAUGCAUUUCCUAAAGAUAAUUAAUUGGCCUUGAAUUCUUGUCUUGAAGAAGCUUUAAUCUGAAACUGAAACAUAUACAACAAACCAUAUGUCUCUUUAAUUCAUCAGCAAUGGCUACUCAAGGACUGCAUCUAAUCUUGUUGAUCUUCUUUAAUCACCUGAUUUUCUUGUUAAGUCAACAAGAAGGAGCAGGUUUCAUCUACAACAGCUUUCUCCAAGCUCAACCUGAUCUUCAUCUAGAUGGAGCUGCAAAAAUCCUCUCUCCAGAUGGAUUGUUACAGCUGACCAACGCCUCAACACAGCAAAUGGGUCAUGCUUUCUUCAAGCAGCCAUUUGAUUCAUCUGCGAAGAAUUUCUCAUUCUCAACUCAUUUUGUGUGCGCACUUGUGCCUAAACCAGGAGCUGAAGGCGGCCAUGGAAUCGCCUUCGUUGUAUCUUCCUCCUUGGAUUUCACACAUGCAGUUCCAACGCAGUACUUGGGACUCUCCAACAUCUCAACAAACGGAUCUCCAUCUUAUCAGCGUCUAGCUAUUGAGCUGGAUACUGCUAAAAGCGCAGGGUUUGAUGAUAUAGACAAGAACCAUGUCGGUAUAGACAUCAACAGCCUCAGGUCUAUAGAGUCUGCUUCAGCUUCUUACUAUUCAAACACCAAAGGGAAGAAUCAAAGCCUGAAGCUCUUAAGUGAAGAGCCUUUACAGGUAUGGGUGGAUUAUGAAAGAACUUUACUCAAUGUCACAGUGGCUCCCCUAAGAAUCCAGAAGCCAAACCAUCCUCUCUUGUCAAGAUCCAUCAAUCUUACUGAAAUCUUCCCGGAUCACAAACUGUUCUUCGGAUUCUCUGCAGCAACAGGGUCACUGGUCAGUUACCAAUACAUCUUAGGAUGGAGUUUCAGCAGAAGCAGAGAGCUGUUGCAGAGACUGGACUUGUUAAAACUUCCUCAGAUUCCUCAUCCAAGAGCCACACAAAAGCAAACAUCUCCACUUCUCAUUGUUUUGUUUGUGUUGCUAUCACUCACACUGUUGGCUGUUCUUGGAGGAGUUCACUUAUACAGGAGGAAGAAGUAUGCAGAAGUCAAAGAAGCAUGGGAGAAAGACUAUGGCCCACACCGGUUUUCAUAUAAAUCUCUAUACAAAGCAACAAGAGGCUUUGAACAUCGUUUAGGGAAAGGCGGUUUUGGAGAAGUUUACAGAGGGAAUCUGCCUCGCAUUGGAGAUAUAGCGGUAAAGAGAGUGUGCCACAAUGCAAGGCAAGGCAUGAAACAGUUUGUAGCUGAAGUAGUGACUAUGGGAAGUUUGAAGCAUAGAAACUUGGUUCCUCUUCUUGGAUACUGCAGAAGGAAAGGAGAGCUUCUUCUUGUCUCUGAGUAUAUGUCUAACGGAAGUCUUGAUCGGUACUUGUUUCACAGAGAUAAACCACCUCUUUCAUGGGAACAAAGGUUUGUGAUUUUGAAGGAUAUUGCCUCUGCUCUCAGUUACCUGCACGCAGGAGCUAACCAAGUUGUGUUACACCGAGAUAUAAAAGCUUCAAACGUCAUGUUGGAUUCUGAAUUCAAUGGACGGUUAGGAGAUUUUGGAAUGGCUAGGUUUGAAGAUUACGGAGACAGCUUACCCGCAACGGCUGCUAUAGGAACAAUGGGUUACAUGGCACCUGAGCUAACAACAAAUGGAACUUCUACGAGAACCGAUGUUUAUGCGUUUGGUGCUUUCAUGCUUGAAGUAACAUGUGGAAGGAGACCACUAGAUACCAAGGUUCCAUCUGAGGAAAGGCAUUUGAUCAAAUGGGUUUGUGAUUGCUGGAGAAGUGAUUCUCUGCUGGAUGCUGUAGAUAUACGAUUGGGACUUGAAUGCUCAGAAGAGGAAGUUGAUAUGGUUCUGAAACUCGGAUUGCUCUGCACAAAUGUUGCUGCGGAAUUAAGACCAAACAUGGAACAGGUGGUGCAAUACAUAAACCAGAAUCUGCCACUGCCCAUCUUCCCACCAGAUUCUCCAGGGAUUGGAGUUUAUAUUCCGGUUUUGAUGGAAGCGGCCUUCACUUCAAGAAGCUCUUUAGCACCAUCAGCCUCUCCUCCUUCGCCUCAUAACUCCAUGUUUGUUACGCACACAAUCACAUACGGAGAUGGAAGGUGAAAACUUUUCUUACUUUUUUCAGACAAAUACAAUGUAAUCAGUGUGUGUAUAUCAGUUUUAGGCUUUUAGCAA